GUCAGAUAUACAGAGUGUGUCUCUAGUGGUGUAAAAAAAACACACACACACAACAACACCGAGGUGGCGUUUUAUUCCUCGCGCACGCAAUGACGCGGCUGUGCUGAGCGCGCGGUGUUAAAGCACGCGCUCUUUCUCUCCCCCCCCGCCACGCGCCUGCGCUCGCGCCGGACGCUCGCUCGUUCGCUUUCUGCGCCAUGGCGGCCGCGCCGCUGACGAAGCGCUCGGGGACGGAGCACGCACGGAGGCGCGCGGACCCCCGCAGGAGGCAGGCGGCGCUUUCGUUCCUCAGUAACAUUUCUCUGGACGGGCGGCCCGUGCGCGGAGACGCAGACGGUCCCGGAGACGAGGACGGCUGUGUGGAAGCGAGGACAACACGCGUGAGCUCGGUCACUGCCGCCGAGGAGGAGGAGGAGGAAGAGGAAGAAGAAGAAGAGGAGGUGGAGGUGGAAGAGGAGGAUGACGAGGCCCGGGCUCCGAGCAGGCGCGCGAGCUUCGCCAUCGGCGCGAGCCCUCCGUCGGACGCGCAGCUCUUUCACGCGCAGGUCUUCGGCUCCCCGUUUGCCACCGCGCGCGGCCGCCUGCACACGUACACUCAGGGACUUCCGCCCGCCGCGUGCUGCAGGCAGCAGAGCUCGUGCUGCCCGGAGGGAGGAGGAGGAGGAGUGGGGGGACACAUCAUCAGCAGCUCCGCGCUCGAGCUGCACAAGACCAGACGGAGGCUGAUUUCCCAGCGUUCCUCACUCGAGACUCUGGAGGACAUUGAGGAGAAUGCUCCUCUUCGCAGAUGCCGAACCUUAUCAGGUUCACCCCGACCAAAGAGCUUCAAGAAGGUCCACUUCAUCAAGAACAUGAGGCAACACGACAUCCACAACGGAAGGAUAGUCCUUAUCAGUGGCAGAAGAUCCUUCUAUAGUGUAUUUUCUGUCCUGCCCUAUCGAGAUUCUAGCCAAACAGGGCUGAGCUCAGUGUGUGUGUCUCACCGUGGCAGGGACGGUAUGAAAAUGGAGAGCGGGCGCCAGCGUCACCCCUCGGGAGGCGUCAGUGCCAAGGAGAUGGUGAUCGGGCUUGAGGGCGUGGAACUGGGCGCCGACGGCAAGACGGUGUCCUACAUGCAGUUCCUCUACCCCACUAACGUCCUCGGGCGCCGCAACACCAUCGACUCCACCUCGUCCUUCUCUCAGUCUCGUAACGCCAGCCAUCGCAGCCUCAUCCUGGCGCGUGCCAACAGCCACCAGAGCAGCCUCGACACGGGGAACGAAGUGGGAGAUUUCAGGGAGUACGACCCCAACCUUCUGGACGACCCUCAGUGGCCGUGUGGAAAACAUAAACGAGUGCUCAUAUUUCCUUCCUACAUGACGACGGUUAUCGAGUACGUCAAGCCCUCCGACCUGAAGAAGGACAUGAACGAGACGUUUAAGGAGAAGUUCCCUCACAUCCGCCUGACGCUCAGCAAGAUCAGGAGCUUGAAGCGAGAGAUCCGGAAGCUGGCGCAGGACGAGUGCGGCUUCGAGGAGCCCACGGUAGCCAUGGCCUUCGUGUAUUUCGAGAAGCUCGUUCUGCAGGGCAAGCUCAACAAGCAGAACCGCAAACUCUGCGCCGGAGCCUGCGUCCUCCUGGCAGCCAAGAUCGGCGGAGACCUCAAGAAGCACGAGGUCAAGCUCCUGAUCGACAAACUAGAGGAGAGGUUUCGGGUGAACCGGCGCGAGCUGAUCGCCUUCGAGUUCCCCGUGCUGGUGGCGCUGGAGUUCAACCUUCACCUGCCGGAGCACGAGGUCAUGCCGCACUACAGACGCCUCCUGCAGAACUCCUAGCAGCAGCUCCUCGUCAGGAGAGACGCUCCCCUUUUUUCUCUCCCUCUCUCCUUUUCUCUCUCUCCUGAUCCGACUCUCAGAGAAGCUCUAUGCACCUGACCAACUUAAAAACUAAACAAAA